GAAAUCAGAAAUUGGAGAGUGUUGUGCUUAGUAAAAUGAAUUUUGAAUCUUUUGUGAGGGAUCUGCUUCUGGUUCGUCAUUACAGAGUUGAAGUCUACAAGAACAAAGCAGGGAGCAAAUCUACCAAAGAAAACGACUGGUAUCUGGCAUACAAGGGCUCUCCAGGAAAUCUUGCCCAGUUUGAGGAAGUUCUUUUUGCCAACAAUGAUAUGUCCACGGCCAUUGGAGUUGUGGGUGUGAAGCUCUCUACUACUGAUGGACAAAGAGUAGUUGGAGUGGGGUAUGUGGAUACUACACUGAGAAAACUGAGCGUCUGUGAGUUUCCAGAUAACGAUCAGUUCUCAAACCUCGAAGCUCUGCUGGUUCAAUUAGGACCUAAGGAGUGUGUGCUCCCAGGAGGAGAGACUGCUGGAGAGAUGGGAAAGCUGCGACAAGUCAUUCAGAGAGGAGGAAUUCUGAUUACAGACAGAAAGAAGGCAGAGUUCACAACAAAAGAUAUUGUUCAGGAUCUGAAUCGCUUAUUAAAAUCAAAGAAAGAAGAACAAAUGAACAGUGCAGCRUUGCCGGAGAUGGAAAAACAGGUGGCCAUUUCAUCUUUGUCAGCCAUUAUCAAGUUUUUAGAGUUGCUGUCAGAUGAGUCUAAUUUUGGACAAUUUGAACUGACUACUUUUGAUCUUAGUCAAUAUAUGGUUCUUGAUAAUGCAGCUGUCCAGGCCCUCAACCUUUUCCAGAGUUCUUUGGAGAAUGCUAAUACUGCACAGUCACUAGCUGGCUUACUAAAUAAAUGCAGAACUCCUCAAGGACAAAGGCUAGUUAAUCAGUGGAUCAAACAGCCACUUAUGGACAAGAAUAGAAUUGAAGAAAGGUUGAAUUUGGUUGAAGCCUUUGUGGUGGAUCCAGAACUGCGUCAGUGCCUUCAAGAAGAUCUUUUACGUCGCUUCCCAGAUCUCAACCGGCUAGCAAAGAAAUUUCAGAGACAAGCAGCAACCUUACAGGACUGUUACCGAAUGUAUCAGGCAAUUAAUCAACUCCCUAACGUUGUACAAGCACUAGAAAAACAUGAAGGAGAUCACCAGAUGUUGUUGUUGGCAGUGUUUAUAACACCACUUAAUGAUAUCCACUCUGACUUCUCAAAGUUUCUGGAGAUGAUAGAAACAACAUUAGACAUGGAUAAGGUGGAGAAUCAUGAAUUUCUUGUCAAGGCUUCUUUUGAUCCUAACUUGACAGAAUUGCGAGAGAAGAUGAAUGAGCUGGAGGAGAACAUGGAGUCCUUUUUAAAGAGUGCAGCCAAAGAACUAGGUUUGGAAGCUGGCAAAAGUAUCAAACUGGAGUCAAAUUCACAGUUUGGGCACCAUUUUCGAAUUACUUGCAAGGAAGAAAAAGUUCUCCGGAACAACUCCAAGUACAGGAUAAUUGAUACCCAGAAGAAUGGCGUGAAGUUUACCAACAGCAAACUGAGCUCCAUCAAUGAAGAAUAUAUAAAGAACAGAGAAGAGUAUGAAGAGGCUCAGGAUGCAAUCGUUAAGGAAAUCAUUAACAUUGCUUCAGGUUAUGCAGAGCCAAUACAGACCAUGAAUGAUGUGAUAGCUCAGUUGGAUGCAAUUGUCAGUUUUGCUCAUGUGUCAAAUGGAGCUCCGGUGCCGUUCGUCCGUCCUGUYAUCCUGGAGAAAGGACAAGGAAGAAUUGUGCUGAAGGGCUCCAGGCAUCCUUGCAUCGAAGUGCAAGAUGAUGUAGCCUUCAUCCCCAAUGACGUUACGUUUGAGAAGGACAAGCAGAUGUUCCACAUUAUUACUGGCCCUAACAUGGGAGGAAAGUCAACGUACAUCCGACAGACUGGGGUGAUAGUUCUCAUGGCCCAAAUUGGGUGUUUUGUGCCGUGCGACUCUGCAGAAAUAACCAUUGUGGACUGUAUUCUGGCUCGGGUAGGAGCUGGAGACAGUCAGCUGAAAGGUGUAUCUACUUUCAUGGCCGAAAUGUUGGAGACUGCAUCAAUCCUUAGGACAGCAUCUGAAAACUCCCUGAUAAUCAUUGAUGAGCUGGGAAGAGGAACUUCUACCUAUGAUGGCUUUGGCUUGGCAUGGGCUAUUUCAGAGUACAUUGCUACCAGAAUUUGUGCUUUCUGUAUGUUUGCCACACAUUUUCAUGAACUGACAGCGCUUGCUGACCAAGUGUCCACAGUCAAUAAUUUACACGUCACCGCGCUGACUAGUGACAACACACUGACGAUGCUCUAUCGUGUCAAGGAAGGUGUUUGUGACCAGAGUUUUGGAAUACAUGUAGCAGAGUUGGCAGCUUUUCCAAAACAUGUAAUUGAGAGUGCAAGAGAGAAGGCAUUGGAGCUGGAGGAGUUUCAAAACAUUGGCAAAUCCAAGGAAUGUGAAGGAGAACCACCACUCAAGAAACCUUACAGAGAAAGAGAGGAAGGUGAAAAAAUAAUUCAGGAUUUUCUUUGUCAAGUGAAAGCAUUGCCGCUGGCGGAUAUGUCAGAAGAAGAUAUCAAAACCAAGCUGAAGCAGCUGAGGAAUGAAGUGUUGGCAAAGAACAACAGUUUUGUGAAUGAAAUAAUUUCCCGAACGAAAGUUACAACAUGAAAGAUGUGAGAACAGGAUACAGCUCUUGAAGUGUUUUAUGUUACAAGAACUUUCAUUUUCUUGUUAAUUUUUAUACUUUGUGAUAUUUUUGUACUGAUUUAGGUAGGCUGUUUCUCUUGGAUUGUAAUUAUUU